AUGUCAGAAUUUUCCAGUCCUGCGAAAGAAUUUGCCCGGCUUUUUGGUCCGUUCGCAGAAGUUUGGGGCAAAGCUGGAGACCGUGUCACCGUACUAAAGGAUCCCACCGCUCAUGGCUCCGGAAAAAUUCGUACCUACAGAAGAUUUCGACGUUUGGGAAUCACAGGUACGACGUUAUGUUCGCAAGCUGCCGUUAACAUCUCGGGCAGAUGCGGUGAUCAAUUUGUCAUCGAGGGAACCUACAAGUUAGUCAUGUACUUCGAUCUCCCGGACGAUGUGGAUACCCUUGUGGUAACCCUGAGGCGACAACUAGCUGGACCAAAAACAGCAUUAGAAUACCAGGAGGAGUUUUAUAUGCGACAGCAGCGACCUGAGGAAAGCCUGAUGGACUACAUGGGGUCCGUACGGCGCCUUGCCCGAUUGGCAUAUUCCACGUAUGCAGUCGAGGAACGUAAUGCACACGUUCUGGAUCGAUUUCUUGCUGGGCUCCGAGAACCCAGAGCCAAAGAUGAGUAA